AUGGCCGGGCGCAGCUGUCGAGCUGUGUCGGAGGAGGAGGAGGGGAAAAACGGGGGCGGGUGGCAGGGAGGGUUUCCCUCUCAAGCCGAGAUGGGGGAGGAAGCCGACCCCCAGAGAGCUCCCGGCCCCUCGAAGGCGACGCCAGGGACGAUGCUCGUUAUCGUGGUCGGCAUCUGUGCGGUGCUGCUGACCUGCAGGCCGGUGCUGUUGCUCUCCCAGCUUGUGACGUUUUCCCCGGAGAAGCUAUCCAGGUCUGUGGGCGACACAGCCAGCUUCUUCUGCAAUAUCUCCAAGGCGAACUUCCCUCAGUUUGAUUAUAGUUUAAACUGGUACAAAAAGAUCAAUGCCACUUGCACCCAAAAAAUUGCCGAGUUUAAUGGGAAUGAACAUAAAAUCCAGAAGAAGAAAUUCACCCUCAUCAACCAUACCUCUACUGUUGAGAUAAAGAUACUGGACCUAACCAAGAAUGACAGUGGCGAGUACUUCUGCGGGCUGAUCGCUUUCUCCUCGCCCAGUAAAGUGGUGGAAAGCAACCUGUCCCAGCUCACAGUUACAAACGAACAAACAGACGGAUGGACCACCACCGUUCCCAACGUGACUGUUGACGACCUGGUGGGCGACUUUAAAGUGCCAGUCAUCAUUGGCCUGAUCAUCGCCGGGGCCGUGCUGCUGGGGCUCAUCACCUACAUACUCUUCAUCACCACGCGCCGGACGGGAGGGCAGCAGAAACCACAACGUGAAAACGCACUCUUGCAAAAAGAACAGGUGACGACGUACACGGUGGAUUAUGGCGUGUUGGAAUUCCAGCAGGAUGAGCACACAGAGGCUUUGGUGGAGAGUUACCCACCUGACAACACAGAAUAUGCCGUCAUCGUGUUCCCUGAAGAGAAGCCUGUCACCCCAGAAAGGGGGAAGAAAACGAAACACCAGAGGACCUGUCAAAUCUGA